UGCUCCAGUCGUUCCCGAGCAGGAGACUCUGCAAGAGUGCCCCAAAGGAGUAUCUCCAAGCGGGCAGGGAAGCACCCACCUUCCCUGGCAGGGGAGAAAAAUGCUGAUUUUUCAUGGUUUACCAGAAAAUCCACAUCACUGCCAACCUUAGCUUCAAGGCUUAUUCUUAAUUAGAGUUGAGAAGCCUGUUUCAACUUGAAGACACGAGUAUCAAGUGAAUGGACAGCCAGCUACCGCAAUGAAAGAAAUUAAACCUGGAAUAACCGAUGCUGAACCUUUGCCUCAGCUGCCCCCGAAUGUUUCCUGACAGGUAUUUUUGCUGACAGUCCGUCACUACUGAAGAAUGGGGCUCAACCUAACACUUGCAAAGUUACCAGAUGAUGAGCUGCACGGCCAAGGGAAUCCCGCUGCAAGUAACUCCAGCGAAGGACCCGGAAAGAACACCACCGCUAACAAUGAGUUUGACACCAUCGUCCUGCCUGUGCUCUACCUCAUCAUAUUUGUGGCAAGCAUCCUGCUGAAUGGUCUCGCAGUGUGGAUCUUCUUCCACAUUAGGAAUAAAACCAGCUUCAUAUUUUAUCUCAAAAACAUCGUGGUUGCUGACCUCAUAAUGACACUGACUUUUCCAUUUCGGAUAGUCCAUGACGCAGGAUUUGGACCGUGGUACUUCAAGUUUAUCCUCUGCAGAUACACUUCCGUUUUAUUUUAUGGACACAUGUACACUUCCAUCGUGUUUCUUGGGCUGAUAAGCAUUGAUCGCUAUCUGAAGGUGGUGAAGCCAUUUGGGGACUCUCGCAUGUACAGCAUAACCUUCACAAAGGUUUUAUCUGUUUGUGUCUGGGUGAUCAUGGCUGUGUUGUCCUUGCCGAACAUCAUCCUAACAAACGUACAACCAACUACAGAAAAUAUUCACGACUGCAUGACACUUAAAAGUCCCUUGGGAGUCAAAUGGCAUAAUGCGGUCAUUUAUGUCAACAGCUGCUUGUUUGUGGCCGUGCUGGGGAUCCUGAUCGGGUGCUACAUAGCCAUAUCCCGGUACAUCCAUAAAUCCAGCAGGCAGUUCAUAAGCCAGUCAAGUCGCAAGCGAAAACACAACCAGAGCAUUCGGGUGGUUGUGGCUGUGUUUUUCACCUGCUUUCUACCAUAUCACUUGUGCAGAAUUCCUUUUACUUUUAGUGACUUGGACAGACAUUUAGACGAAUCUGCACACAAAAUCUUGUAUUACUGCAAAGAAAUGACACUUUUCUUGUCUGCAUGCAACGUGUGCCUGGAUCCAAUAAUUUACUUUUUCAUGUGUAGGUCAUUUUCAAGAAGACUAUUCAAGAAAUCAAAUAUUAGAACGAGGAGUGAAAGCAUCAGAUCACUGCAAAGUGUCAGAAGAUCGGAAGUCCGCAUAUAUUACGAUUAUACUGAUGUGUAGGAAUUAAAGGCCAUGAGGUCCUCUCUCCUUUGUUGAAGUCAAU